AUGCAUACAUACGACAUCAUAAUAAUUGGUCUGGGCUGCGCCGGCGUCUCUGCUGCAAGUACUUUGGCGAAAGCUGGGAAGAAAGUUCUAGCCCUCGAAGCCAUGGACAGGAUCGGUGGUCGAGUUCGGACUGUGCCAUUUGGUGAUGGCGUUGUUGAAGUUGGUGCUGAAUGGAUCCAUGGCACAGGUAACAGCAGCACCUAUAGAAUUGCUAUGCAACACAACAUUACAAUUAUACCCCAAGAUCCCAUCUUCAAGGUGUACCAAUCCGAUGGGACGGAGACUGAUGAUGAUUUAUUAUUGAACGACCUCGUGAAUAUUUGCUUUGUAUUGGUUGGACAAAAACAUAAAAUUUUUGUUGGUGGCUUGGGAGAAUUUAUCACAAGCAGGUUACUACUUAACGUCAAAUCAAAGUACCCUUAUUUGAUUAAAGAUAAAGAUUUCCUAUCAGAGUUUGUAAGACUAAUGAACUCGUAUAUAAGCGUCCACGAGGCUACAAAUGACUGGAACGAGGUCGAUGCUCAGAGUGAGUACGAAGAUUUAAAAGGCCACCAACACAUGAGUUGGCAUAGAUAUGGGUACAAGACAUUGUUCGACCUGAUGCUAAAUACAUACAACAAUGGACCGGGCUUACCAAACCUUGAUAUAAAACUGAACACGGAGGUGACGCAAAUAAUAUGGCCAAAAGAUGGCGCUGAUGUAAGAGUCGUCUGCGCAGAUGGCAGUACGCACACAUCCCGUCACGUUAUUGUUACGGUUUCUUUAGGGGUUUUGAAAGAACGAUAUGAAACAUUAUUUAAGCCGGGGUUGCCGCGGGAGAAAGUAGAAGCAAUAGAGAAGACAUCUAUAGGUGCGGUUUGCAAAAUAAUUUUUAAAUUUGAGAAGGCUUGGUGGAAAGGAAAGGAAACAUAUUACGGUUUCAUGUGGAAGACUGAGGAUAUAGAAAAACUACCGAAGGAGGAUUAUUGGAUCACGAAGAUUUUUGGGGCGAGCAGGCCCAGGGGAUCCACAAAUACAUUAUGUUUGUGGACUAGUGGGGAAGUGGGGAAAUUGUUAGAAAUAAUGCCAGAGGAUAUUAUGAAGCGAAAGUGCAUGGAGCUUUUGCGAAAAUUCAUGGGAAAAUCUUAUGAUAUACCGGAGCCGACUGGAAUGAUCAGAUCCACCUGGUUCUCAAAUCCCUUCACCCGCGGUAGCUAUUCCUAUGACAAUCGUCGGACGACACAAAACGCGAAUAAUCGAAGAUUUCUCGCGGAGCCUUUACGCGAUACACUCGGAGUUCCUCGCCUUUUAUUCGCUGGAGAGGCCACAGAUGCUCUUCACUUCUCAACAGUGCACGGCGCUAUCGAUUCAGGGUACAGAGAAGCCAAGAGACUUAUAAAAAAUAGUAAAUUGUAA